AUGUCUGAUACUUUACCUCAAGAUUUAGAAAAGGGCCAAACUGCUCAUAAUAUUGAUUAUAAUUCUUCAACUGAAUAUGAUCAUAUUCAAUCAAAUGGUGCACCAAAUCCAAUUACUAAAAUUACAACUUCACCAAAUGGUGAUAUCGUUUAUUUAGGAAAUCAAUCUUUUCAUAGACAUGAAUUAUUAAAUGCAUUUGCUGGUGAUUUAAAUCCUGGUAUUCAUCAUACUCCACAUCGUCCAAUGGGUAAUCCAGUUCCAUUAGGUUUAUCUGGGUUUGCUGUUUGUUGUUUUGUUGUUUCAAUGGUUAAUAUGGGUGCAAGAGAUGUUACAAAUGUUAAAAUUAUUGCUUCUUGUUCAUUAUUCUUUGGUGGUGUUAUUGAAGUUAUUGCUGGUCUUUGGUGUCUUGUUAUUGAAAAUACAUUUGCUGCUACUGCUUUAGGUUCUUAUGGUGGGUUUUGGAUGAGUUAUGGUGCUAUAAAUAUCGAUGCUUUUGGAAUUGUAUCAAGUUAUGAAACUACUGAAGAAUUUAAUAAUGCAAUGGGUAUAUUCCUUAUUGCUUGGUUUAUAUUUUCAUUUAUUAUGUGGGUUUGUACAUUUAAAGCAACUUGGCCAUUCUUCUUUUUGUUUUUAUUCUUAUGGACUUUUAUCUUGAUGCUUGCAAUUGGUGCAUUUACUGGAAGUACAGGCUGUAAUAAAGCUGGUGGUGCUUUAGGUAUAUUGGCUACUUUUACUGCUUUCUAUAUUAUUUUAGCUGGUACUGCAACUCCAGAAAAUUCAUAUAUCCCAAUUAGAUCAUUCCCAAUGCCAGGUGCUCCAAGAAUUUGA